AACAACAUAACAACGCUUACGGUUAGAAACAUAAGUUUAAUUUGCAGCAGCAGCAGCAGCAGCAGCAGCUUGUGCCACCAGCUAGGUAAACAGCUUACGAUGCGGAACUGCGUCUUAUACGGAUUAUAUGCGCUGCUAAUCGUUGCCUGCUUUUUGGAAGCAACAGUUGCACAGCCAGUGGAGCGGGAGCAGAGUACAAAGCGCUUGACGCGGCAGCUGGGCUUUGGUUAUCCGCUUUACGGCGGCGGCGGCGGCUAUGGAAUGGGACUAGGCUACGCUGGUGGCUACGGCAUGGGAUUGAGCGGCAUUGGAUACGGCGGUAUGGGCGGCGGCUACGGAUACGGCGGUCUGGGCGGCGGCUACGGAUACGGCGGUCUGGGCGGCGGCUACGGAUACGGCAUGCGUUAUCCUUACUACGGCGGCAGCAUGUAUGGUCGUCCUUUUGGCUAUGGCCCCUACUUUUAGUCACCCAAACAGUUGUCAGUAAAUAAAUGCGCA